AUUUUAUAUAUCUGUAAUUAUCGCCUAUAAAUUCUCUCUUUCUCUCUACAGCUUAUACUCAUACAUGGACGAGUCUUGGAGAAUGCGAAUGGGAAUCCCACGACGUCGUUCGAUGGAAGACACUACUUCCGGUUCCACUCAUCGUUCUAUUGAAGCUUUAGAUCCUGAUGAUUUCUCCGAUGUUUUCGGUGGGCCACCACGGAGUGUCCUAUCGCGCAAAUUCUCUGGCGACUUUACUUCUACUAGAUCAUCAUCCACUUCUUUCUAUGAAGAGGUAUUCCGGCCACCGGAGUUUGUUUCUACUGUACUGGAUAAGAAGAAGAGUGGUGCUGGAGGCCGGAGCUUGCCGGCUUUUAGAAUUCCGGCUAAGAGUGAUGGAUUCUACGGUGAUGUUUUUGGUUGGGAAGAAGGACGAAUGUCGAGGGAGAGGUCCAGACCCAGUUCAAAAGCUAAAUCGAAAUCGAACUCCUCCUCAGUGCUUAGUUCUGAGGAGCUCAGUCCUCACCGGCGACCUGUUUCCGGUGAUGAUGCGGCAUUGUCUUCUUUUGCUUCCAAACUCAGAUUUUUAUUUUCUUACAGGCCUAUCAAUGUGCCCUGUAGAUGGAACUCAAACACAUUAAGACCUGAAGAGUUCACAAGGAAACAAGAGAUGCCAUCUUUUCCAUGCAAUUCUCCUUCGUAUGCUGAUAAUUAUUACAUGGAAAAUGAAUACAAUGACAAUUUCAGAAGCUCCUAUAUUAAAGUUUCACGGCAAGUCUCAUCCCCAGAAACCAUUAGUAUCAAACCCAGUUCCUUCCGAAGCAUCAAAGUAUCUGUGGAUGAUAUAGAACUCAACUCUCCUUCAUCUCCUGUCUCUUCACUUUGUCAAGAACCAGAGGCAAGCAUAGGUAUCCAGUGUGAUAGUAUGCAAGAAGAAGAAAUGGAGCAGGAUGAAGAUGAAGUUAUGAGUUCUUACGUUAUUGAGAUUAAUUCUGAUCACCGAGAAGUAGCUAGUGAAGCAAUAUCUAUUGAUGAAGCAAUUGCGUGGGCUAAGGAGAAGUUUCAAUCACAGAGUUUUGACAGACAGCAGAAGAAAGAUCACUCAAAUGAAUUAGAAGAAACACCUAACUCGAAUGAAUUUUUAGAACAACAAAUGGAUGGACACGGAAGGACGCAAUCUCCCACGGAAGAAGAGCUAAAAAAUCUGAGAAGUGAAGCAGAAACAGAACAAUCAGAAAAAGAUAUGGGGAUGGAACUAUUGGAUGAAGACAUCAGGUUGUGGUCAGCUGGCAAAGAGACAAAUAUUCGCUUGCUGCUUUCAACCCUACAUCAUAUUCUAUGGCCCAACAGCGGUUGGUUUUCGAUCCCUCUAACAAGCCUUAUUGAAAGCUCACAUGUGAAGAAGGCAUAUCAGAAAGCAAGAUUAUGUCUCCAUCCAGACAAAUUGCAACAAAGAGGAGCUACACACCCACAGAAGUAUGUUGCAGAAAAGGCCUUUUCCAUCCUUCAGGAUGCGUGGGCUGCAUUUAUCUCCCAAGAUGUCUUCUUUUAAGACAAUUCAGGAUCAUUUUGACUCCGUUUUGAGAAGUGUGAAACCAAUGACAUUAUAGCAAGCUGGAAUUCUUGAAGAAUGAAGCAGAAAGAAAGCAUCUGUCGCAGGAAAAAGAUUGCUGUAAAUUGUGAUAGAUCGUCCAUUCAAGAAUUUUGUAUCUUCAUCCGAAGCCUGGCUUGCUUUCAUUCGCAUCCCAAAAGCUAGAAAAUAUGAAGAUGAGAAUGAUAGUGUUAUUGACAUCAAUCAGUAUUUCGGGUUGUCCGAUAUAAUAUUUUCCCUUCAGGCCAUUGUUCUUAGUCAAUCGUUCAAUUCGGACAGUGACAUAAUAAUUUAUUAUCAGCCUGUAUUUAUCCAUCAAACAAAACUACGAUGAGUUCCUCUUCUUUGUCUCA